AUGCCCUUUUCGUCUGAACAAUUUACCACCAAGUUAAAUACGUUGGAAGACUCUCAAGAGUCUAUUGCAAGUGCUUCGAAAUGGUUGCUUUUGCAGUACAGAGAUGCCCCAAAGGUAGCAGAAACGUGGAAGGACUACAUGUUGCGGUCUAGUGUAAAUACAAGAAGGAAACUACUGGGUCUUUAUUUAAUGAACCAUGUUGUUCAACAGGCUAAAGGCCAAAAAAUUAUUCAGUUUCAAGAUUCCUUUGGGAAAGUGGCAGCUGAGGUAUUAGGCAGGAUUAAUCAAGAAUUCCCUCGGGACCUGAGAAAGAAGUUGUCGAGAGUUGUUAACAUUUUGAAAGAAAGAAACAUCUUCUCUAAGCAGGUUGUCAUUGACAUAGACAGGAACCUCAAAACUGAGACCUCACCUGUCGAAGCACUAGCCCUACCCCAAAAAUUGAAGGAUUUUGCUCGGGACUAUGAAAAAUUAGCUAAAUUGCAUCAUAACGUUCGUGCUAUGAAAAUCAGGUUUGACAAGUCAGCAGAUGAACUGGAUCCAUCGAGUUCGGUUUAUGGGGAAAAUUUUAAGACCAUUAGUAAAAUUGGGAACAUGGCCAAAGAUAUAAUAAGCGAGUCAAUUCAUAAAAGAGAAAGCGGUAUUCAGAAGCUACAAAGUGCACUAGACGACGAAAAAAAACGUUUUGACGAGGAACAGAGCAUGCUGAGUGAAAUAGAGUUUGUUUUAUCUGCGAAGGAUCCAUCUAGGUUGAAACAGAAUACCGACGAAGAUAACAUUAUUCCUACGUAUGAAGUCGGUGACGGAGACGAUGAUGAUGAUGAUGACGAUGAUGACGAUGAUGAUGAUGAUAAAAAUGACGAUGACGACGAUGAUAAACAUGAUGACGAUGAAUCCAACGGCAACAGUUAUGGACUUGAUAUAAUGGAGGACAAGAAGGAAAUUAUGGAUAAAAUGAAUAAUGAUCAUAUAAACUUCAUGGAAGAUCCUGGUGACGAUUCUCAUUCUGAGCUAAAACGAACACAUGACAUGACAGGCCAUGAUGAUCAUAAUGAGAUACCAGAGAAAAGAGUGCACCUUGAUUCAAAAACAUAUGGGGAGAGUAUUUCUAACGAUAAUGGCCAUUAUGAGCUAGACGUUGACGACCAUGAUGGUGCAGAGGUUGAGGAUGAUGAAGAUGCGAAUGAACCAAAUGACAACUCUGUAGGGGUUUCCUCUAGUAUACAAGAUUUGUUGAGUAAACUAGCGAAUUAA